AUGCGUUCUUCUCAAACUUCUUUUCAAUCCUUACCAUCAUAUCACAACAAAUCUAAUAAUUUUAUUAAUGACCGAUAUAAAAGAAAUCAACUACAAUCUUCGCAAUAUAAUCUAUCCAAUAAUCAUUCUUCUUAUCCUUUUUCUUCCUCAACUAAUACUACUGCACCUACUACAUCUUCUAUGUUUCGCCCUGUGAACAAUUCUAAUGUUUCAAUUGUUGUUGAUCCACUACAAAAUGUUCAACAAUCAAAUCUCUUAAGAGAUGAAUUUAACCAACAACAUCAAUCAGCCUGGCCAUCGCCAAAAAAUAAUUCUUCUUCAAAUUACUAUAAACCACAAAAUGAAGCGCAAAACGAAUUUCGUGUAGUAGAAAUUACUUGUGAUAUGCAAAUUCGUCAUUCCUACAAUUCUUUACAAAACGAUGAUUCUAAAAAUAAUGAUUCCGGAAUAAAUAUUAAUAAACACGAAAAUGAUUCUAUCUUAUUAACUCCAUCCAAAACAAGAUCAUCUUCAUUAAGCAGUUUACCUAAUUCUCAAAUUUUCCCAUUUAUAAAAAGAAAUUGUAGUGCAAUGUUACCACCAUUAAAUAGAUUUUUAUCAACUUCAAAUGACAAUUAUGAUCGUAAGAUGUGUAGGUCUUUCGAUAAAAUAUUUUAA